AUGCAGCGCGGGGACACGACGGGCUCUGCCAGCGACGACGACAUGAGCUUGGACGGCUUGACGCUCAUCGAGCUCAUGACCAAAGGCAAAGAGAACGAAGUGCUCUGGCGCCUCCGCACGCCCGGCACCAUCACCGACGACGACCUCACGACCCUCGACGAGGAUGGCGACUCGGUGCUCUCGAUGGCCGCGCUCUCGGGCUCGUUGCCGGUCGUCCAAGCGCUUGUCGAGCUGACGCCGUAUCAGCGCAUUCCCAACUUUGCAUGGGUGACCAUGCAGCGAGCGGUCGCCUACAACCAUCUCCCGGUCGUAACGUACCUCUGGGCCGUCCUCGCGGACCCGUUGGAGCUCGUGUCGCCGACAAACGGCAACACGCUCUUGCACCACGCGGCAGACCACAGCGCCAUGGGCGUGCUUCGCUGGCUCGUCCCGCGCUUCUCGUCCGUUGACGUCACCAACAAUGACGGCGAGACGCCGUUUCUGGUCGCCGUGUCCAACGCCGACUAUACAUGCGCGGCCGUGCUUGCGGCGGUCGGCGCCGACAUCUUUGCCCGUGCCGCAGACGGGAACACGGCGCUGCAUUAUGUGAUCCGGCAGGCGCCCGACGAAGACGACGACCAAGACGAUUUCGCCGAGACACUCGACGGCAUUCUCGCCGAGGGCUACAGCCUGGACGCCGUCAACGAGGCUGGCGAGCGCCCCGCCGACCUGACCGAGAACCCUCGCAUUCGUGCGCUUCUCGAGGCCGAAGCCACCUUUCGCCAAGCCUUCCCCGUCCACGCGCUUGUCCGCACCAACAAGGUCGCCCGCUUUGACGCGUGGCUCGCCGAGAUGCAAGCCAAGCACGAAGACGACGCUGCUACCGAGAUUGCGGCGGCGCUGACGGCCGCGGACGAGUCGGGACGCACGCCGCUCAUGCACGCGGCGCUCAUGUUUGACGACCUCCACGACGCAGACCAAGUGCUGUACCGCAUUCUGCCGCAUAUUCCGGCCGACGCCGUGAGCGCCAGAGACAACGAAGGACAUACGGCGCUGGAUAUGCUGGUGCGCCACAACUUUUUCUGCGCCGAGAACGCUUUGGGCACGGUGCCGUCGCGCUUGAUGCGGGCGCUCCACGCUGUGAGCUGCAAGGGCAAACUCGCGCUUGACUUUGCCCAUUUGCCCGCGUCGUACUUGCCGUGGGCCUCGUACUUGACGGGCUCAGCGCCGCGCGAGUGCACUGGCGAGUGCAAGAUGAGCAGUACGUCCAACAACGGCCUCUCGGGUCUGGCGGCAGCUCGCAACUGGACCGAGCUGCGUCGGGUGCUGCAAGAACCCUUGUCGGCCGACGUGCUCAACAAGAUCGAAGGGGGCAUGUCUGUCGUACAUCACGUGUGCGAGCGUGGCAACGUUCCGGUGCUGAAGCUGCUCUUGACGCAGCCACACCUCGACCUCAACCUGCGCUCCGAAGAGACCGGCCAAAGCGCUUUGGACUAUGCAGUCGACAACGAUCACGUCAAGAUCGUCCGUCUUUUGCUCGCGGCCGGCGCCGACCCGAUGGUCGACGAAGACACCAAUGCCGCGUCACUGACCGAGCUCCGCGCGAACGCGACACCGAGCGAGCUCCUCGUCUACGAUCGCUGGGAGCUGGCCCUCUUCAACAUUGGUUUCUUCCUAUUGAACCUCCCGAACGUGGCGGCUGCGCGCGAGUUGGAGGCGCGCAAGCAGACGGCCAUGCAUGCGGCGAUGCGUGGGUCGUUCUCGGAGGAAACGCUCAACAACAUUUGUGCGACCGACAUUGACCUCGACAAGCAAGACGAGAACGGAGAGACCGCGCUCAUGGUGGCCUCCAGUCUCGGUCACGCCGCCUACGUCACGUUUCUUUUGGCAAAGUCCGUCAACGUCGAUCUCCAAAACAAGGAUGGCAAGACGGCCCUCAUGCUCGCAGCCAAUGGCAGCCAUAUUCCGGUCGUCGAGCUUCUCCUGGAAGCGUCGGCCGAAGUGUAUCUCACCGACAAGAACGACGACACGGUGCUCGAGCAGCUCGAGCAAGAGCUGUGGCGCGCUGGCAGUGCAGUGGACGACGAAAAGCUGCCGCAAGGACAGCUCCUCUCGCUCAUCAAGAAGGAGCUGCAGAUCCGCGAAAACUCGCCCGAGUACCAAGAAAAGCAAGCCUUGGCCAUGGUGACCAUUGACGAGGCGCCGUCGACGGCCGCGUGCGUCUUUGGUAUCUCGGCGUGGAUCUUUGUCCUCUGUGCGUUUUUCGCCAUCUCAGAACUGGAGCCGAGUGCGCUCUGGGCCGACGCGCGCAACGAGUACGACAACAGCCACGAUCUGGACCCGGACGUGGUCAUUCCCGACCUCCGCGCCAAGAAGGAAGCUGUCACGUUUAUUCUCUAUUGCUCCUCGGCCUUGGUCACGGUGGUUUCCGUGGUUCUUCUGGCCAUCUUUGCACACCUCAUGCACGUCUCGGUCUGGUUUCCGGUCGUCAAUAUGGUCGUGCUCUGGCUCACGGCGCUCUACUUUGUCUAUACCGAGUGGUGCGAGAUGCGCAACGACUUUCGUGCGUACAUUGCGUCGCACAUGAACAAGGCGCAGCUGCUCGUCUUCCUCACGAUCCUCUUGGUCUUUCUGGAUGCGACGAUCGACAAGGAGCUCGACUUCCUUCGCGACGCGCUGCAGCACGUCCAGCACUUUACGUCGCUGACGGUGCCGACCAUCUUUGCCGACGACCUCAAGCACAUUGCGACGACCCGCAGCCAUCUCAAGGUGAUUGUCGACGACGCGCGCAAGAGCAAGGGCGAGUUCCGCGACAAGGUGCUAACAGCGCUGCAGUCGCACCUCAAGAAGACGCUCGGGCAGCUCAAGGACAAGCUGCUGCGUCUCUGGGCGCCCAAGUUUGACGCCAAGGACAUGAGCGCGCGCGCCGAGUGCAUGCUUCUCUUCCAGAUGGCGCAGCGCUCGACGAUGGAUGCGCAGCUGCAAAAGAUGAGCGAAGCUGUCUUGGACGUGGUCGCCGAAGCCAUUUCGCCGACGACCGAAGACGAUGCAGCGGACGAGACAACGCAGCUCCACGGCGAGAUCGAGGCGCUCAAGGCCAAGGUGGACGCCCAGUCCGAGACGAUGGCGGCCAUGGCAGCCAAGCUCAACUUGGCGGUCUCGCUUCUGCUUCAGCUCAAGGACGCCAAGGAGGACGUUGAAGGCGCCUAAGUAGCGGCCCACCGAAUGGUGUUCGGGUUGCAUAAGACAAUAAUGUAUGCAUUGAUGAA